UUUAAAAUUUUACUAAAAAUGUAGCAGACCGAGUAAAAUAUAUUUGUAAUUAUCGUAACAUAUCAACCCUCAACCAAAGAGUACACAGCUGUUGACAUUAAGCGGCAUAUUUGAUAGUUCGUCUGGCGUCUAAAUUUUCAUGAUAUUUGCAUCUUCAAACGCGUGUUUAUUUUAAAGAAUUUGAAUAAAUUGCAAUAAAUUACAUUCAAUAUUUGAUAAAAUGUCACAAUGUAAUGAUGACAGAGUACCAGCUGAGGAGAGUGACCUACUUCAAAUUAAGCCACUUGGCGCCGGUCAGGAAGUCGGAAGAUCUUGUAUAAUGUUGGAUUUUAAAGGAAAGAAAAUAAUGCUUGAUUGCGGUAUACACCCUGGACUAUCCGGUAUGGAUGCACUACCUUACGUAGAUUUGAUAGAAGCUGAUGAAGUUGAUCUCCUCUUUAUAUCACAUUUUCACUUGGACCACUGUGGUGCUCUACCAUGGUUUCUGAUGAAGACCAGUUUUCGAGGCAGAUGCUUUAUGACACACGCCACAAAAGCUAUAUAUCGUUGGAUGUUAUCGGAUUACAUAAAAAUUAGUAACAUUUCCACGGAGCAAAUGCUCUACACAGAAGCCGACUUAGAGGCGUCUAUGGAGAAAAUUGAAACUAUAAACUUCCAUGAGGAACGUGACGUUAUGGGUGUACGCUUUUGUGCUUACAACGCAGGACAUGUACUCGGCGCUGCUAUGUUUCUAAUUGAAAUUGCCGGUGUGAAAAUACUCUACACCGGUGACUUUUCUAGACAGGAAGAUCGACAUUUGAUGGCUGCCGAAAUACCACCCGUUAAACCUGACGUCCUUAUAACGGAAUCAACUUAUGGUACACAUAUCCACGAAAAGCGUGAAGAUCGUGAAAAUAGAUUUACAUCAUUAGUGCAAAAGACUGUGCAACAGGGUGGUCGUUGCUUGAUUCCAGUAUUUGCUUUGGGGCGCGCUCAAGAGUUGCUACUUAUACUAGACGAAUAUUGGUCACAAAAUCCGGAACUGCACGAAAUACCCAUUUACUAUGCGUCAUCGCUGGCUAAGAAAUGCAUGGCUGUGUAUCAAACAUAUAUUAAUGCAAUGAAUGACAAGAUACGACGACAAAUCGCUGUGAAUAAUCCAUUUGUGUUUCGUCACAUUUCAAAUCUAAAAGGCAUUGAUCAUUUUGAUGACAUUGGUCCAUGCGUUGUAAUGGCUUCGCCUGGUAUGAUGCAAAGCGGUUUGUCGCGCGAAUUAUUCGAAAACUGGUGCACAGAUCCGAAGAAUGGUGUUAUAAUUGCUGGCUACUGCGUUGAGGGUACAUUGGCUAAAACCAUACUCUCUGAACCAGAAGAGAUUACAACUUUAGCAGGUCAAAAAUUGCCAUUAAAUAUGUCAGUGGAUUAUAUUUCGUUUUCUGCACAUACUGACUACCAGCAGACAAGUGAAUUCAUACGGCUACUUAAACCGCAACAUGUGGUGUUGGUGCAUGGUGAGCAAAACGAAAUGUCUCGUCUGAAAAUGGCACUGCAACGUGAGUAUGAAGCCGACACUUCCACAAACAUCAAAUUCUACAAUCCAAGAAACACACAUUCCGUCGAACUAUACUUCCGUGGCGAAAAAACGGCCAAAGUCAUGGGCAAUUUAGCGGCUACAAAGCCGGAGGUUGGAAAUAAAUUAUCUGGCGUUUUAGUAAAACGUGAUUUUAAAUACCACCUGCUUGCCGCAUCUGAUUUGUCAAAAUACACCGACAUGAGUAUGUCCGUUGUCACACAGAGACAAUCUAUUCCAUGGAAUAGUCAGUUAGGCACCUUAAAGUUACUGUUAGAUCGUAUUGGUGGUGUUGGUACGACGGAAAUACUGGAAGAGGAGAAACGUAUUCGCGCAUUUAAGUGCAUUGACUUAUCGGUGGAGGGGAAAAUAAUUAUAAUGGAAUGGCAGGCAACGCCUGUUAACGAUAUGUUCGCGGACUCGGUGCUCGCAUGCAUAAUGCAAACUGAAAUGGGUGGCACUAACAUCAAGGGUACCACCACAACCUCCAAAUCAGAUCGCACACAUUUCAAAGAGUGUUUGGUGGAAACGUUGCAAGAUACAUUUGGGGAGCAUUCAGUGCCAAAAAUGUUCAAAGGCGAAGUACUGCCAAUUACUGUGGCCGGAAAGCGAGCAGAAGUGAAUUUGGAAACUUUGCAAGUGCAUUGUCCUGAAGAUGACGGUUUACGUCAAAUUGUUAAUACGGCGGUACAAAAACUACAUCAAGCUUUGGUCACAAUUCCUUGAGCUACAAUUAAUAUGCACAAAAAAUUAUUUUUAUAAUCGAAUGUUACAUUUUUUAUUGUGUCUCAAAUAACCAUGUUUAAAUUGUAUUGGUACCUAUUAUUAAAUUGAAAAUAGUUAAGUCAUAUGAAUUUAAAUAUUUUACAUAUGUA